AUGGUCAAGCUGCGGUACUCUGAUAGUCAUUCAUUAUUCACGAUGGCCGGAACUAAUGAUGCAAAGUUUCAUGAUUUGUGCGAGAGAUUCUGGAAAUGGCGUCUUCAAGAUAGCCCAGAAUUUGCUACAUUCUGUGGCUUUCAUGAAUUUGAUGACAAAAUGGAUGAUUUAAGUAUACCUUUUUAUAGCUCUAAACUGGGAAUAAUGAAACAGUUUUUGAAUGAAGCCAAGCAAAUCGACUCGGCAACUUUAAGCAAAAGUGCUAAACUUGACCUCUUCAUAUUUAUCGAAGAUCUCGAAUGUGUGAUAAAUGGCUUUGAAUUUGAAAGCUACUAUUUUCCAAUAAAUUUCCUUGAGGGCCCACACCUGUCAAUGAAUUUGCAAAUUGGUUGGAUGAAGUUUAAGACUGAAACGGAUUAUUUAAAAUAUGUUAAACGCAUGCAAAGCUUUGCUAAACAGCUCAAGUCUGUAAAAGAAAUCCUAAAGGAAGCCAUUGGUAAGGGAUAUGUCUCUUCAAUUGAAUCAGUUAAAGAAGUGCCUGAACAACUUCAGAAAUUGAUUAAAGAGUCGACUGAGAAGACAGGAGAUUUCUAUAAACCAUUUAAGGAAACUCCCAAACAAGUCUCUUUGGAAAAAUUACAUGAUUUGGAAGAUCAGUUGACUGAUGUUCUUUGUAAAGAACUUGUUCCUGCUCUGGAGAGUUUAAAAGAUUUCCUUGUCAAUACCUACAUGAAGAAUGUUCGUCAGAAGCCUGGUAUCUGCAACCUUCCCAAUGGUGAAAAAUUCUAUCAGGCAUGCAUCAAGUUCCACACAUCAUAUGAUGUCACUCCUCAAGAAAUUCAUGACCUUGGCUUGAAAGAAGUUGCUCGUAUAAAAGGAAAUAUGAUAAAAAUUUUCCAAGAAGAAGGUCUCCCACCUAAUAUUGCAGAAGCUUCUAAAAUAUUGUUUGAAAGGAAAGACCUUUGCUGCAACACAGCGGAAGAACUUUUGGAAUUUGUGAAAGAUAUUUGCUUCAAUAAAAUCCAACCUUUGCUUCCCAAGCUCUUUAAAGAUCUUCCAGCGAUUCCAUUAAAAAUUUCAGAAGCUCCAUCCAUUAUGACAAGUAGUCCUCCUGCCUUUUAUCUUGCCGGCACACCAGAUGGAUCGCGAUCAGGCACUUACUACAUCAACCUAACAAAAGUCGAUGCUUGUCCAAAGUAUGAAAUACCAGCUCUAAGUCUCCAUGAGGGAGAACCAGGCCAUCACACUCAGGCUUCCUCUGCCAUGAUAACAAAAUCUCCAAAUUUCCGAUGCUACAUGGAGGAUAUGAAAUAUUAUUUAACCCCAUCUCGCUUUCCUAUGCACACUGCAUAUGUAGAGGGAUGGGGUCUGUACUGUGAAUCUCUGGGGGAAGAGUUAGGACUUUACCCUGACAAUUUUCAAAAAUUGGGAAGAUAUAAUUUUGAAAUCCAUCGUGCAUGUCGUUUGGUGAUUGACACUGGCAUCCAUUCCUUUGGAUGGUCAGCUGAAGAUGCCUUCACCUAUAUGACUGAAAAUUGUCCAAUGGAUCCUUGGUUUAUCAGAAAUGAAAUUAAUCGUUAUAUCACUUGGCCAGGACAGGCACUUGGUUAUAAGUAUGGUGAGAUCAAACUGUGGGAAUUUCGGAGAAAAGCUCAAAAUGAACUUGGAGUACUUUUUGAUGUUCGAGAAUUCCAUAAGGUUGUGCUGAAUGCAGGUGCUAUGCCACUGAAUUUACUUGAGAAACUUGUAGAUGAUUACAUCAGUGAGACAAAAACUGCAGCACAAAAAGAAUAA